UUCCUAGAGUGCUUGAAUGGGAUGAAUUGUGUCGACCCAUUGGAAAGUGGGCAAAAGCAUACAAAAUUCAUGUUGGUGAAAUAAGUCGUGCAAAGGUGUCUAUAUUGUAUAAAGAUUGGAAUCAAGUUCCACAAGGAAUAAAAGACACUUUGUGGGAAGAUGUUAAGAGAGAGUUUCAAAUCGAAGAAGAUGAAGACAAGAAAAAAAAGGUCCUACGCACUUGUGAUAAAACUUGGAGAGAUUUCAAAACAAAAUUGGUCAGUGGUUGGAUCACAUGUACCAGGAAUAUGCCGAAGGAGAAAAGAAUGCCCUAUGUACUCUAUGAUUUCAUAUCUGAGGAUAUAUGGAAAACAUUUGUUGAGGAGCAUACUACAGAUGAUUUUAAGGAAAUCAGUGAGAAGGCAAGACAAAGCCAGUCUUUCAACGAAUACCCUCACCAUUUAGGAGCCAAAUCAUAUGGUGAAAUGAAUAUUGUAUGGCGUAGAAAAGGGUAUAUUCCCACGACAUCUUCAGCAUCCAGUACUUCAUCUUGUUCUUCGGUUGUGUCUAGUUUGCCGAAUAGGACAUAUGCUUGGCUUCUAGCAAGAUCAAUAGAAGAUGAUAAGGGAAAUCCUUAUUUGCCGGAUGAGAAAACAAGAGAGGUGAAAGAAUCCAUUGAUAAUUGGAGAAAGCAACAAGCUAAAGGAAACUUUGUUCCUAAUAGGCAUGAUGAUAUCUUAUCUCGUGCCCUUGGGAAAAAAGAUCGUAAUGGUCGGGCAAUAGCAUUUGGCAGUGGAAUUGGCAUUAAAGCUGUAUGUGGAUCCGGAGAGAGGCGUAGUGGCCGACGGGGUAGGGAAUUCGAAGAUGAUGAGCUGGAAGAAUUAGAGGCAAGAGUAGCCCGGAGGGUACGAGAGGAGACUAUGCAGGAGAUGGAUUCUAAAAUGGAUUCCAUGGUUCAAGAGAAGUUUAUGUUAUUUGCUAAACAGAUAGGUAUUCAAAUUCCAACUGAAAUGAAUAACAUAGGUCGGACGACUCAACAAAAUCCUAGUAGUUGCCAAUCAGUGGGUGAUGAUCCAUUUGCAAACAUACAGGUAUCCAACACUUUGUUAUUUUAUAUUUUGUAUCUUUUUUUUAAUGAUUUAUGACUGCGACAUACUUUUAACUUUGUAACUCAAUUUUCUAUAUUUUUUAAUUAUGAUUUUUUUUAUCUUUAUAAGGAACCGGUUCAUUUUCGGCUAUCAUUGUUGAAAAAUGACUCUGAGAAAGUCAUUGUAGCUGAAGGUACAUAUCAUCCGGAGUUAAUCCUUGAUCAUCAUAGUAACCUCCUUCCGGAUCACGUGAGGGUGAGUGUUGAUGAUUUUUUUGACGAGUUCAAAGAAUUCUCGGUUCCAGUUCCUUCUUCAGUCAUCAAGAAACUUAAGCAUGCUCAUGGUACAUUUACCCAAUGGCCGAAAUACUUGGUUUCACUUAUGCAUG